CUCUCGUAGGGCCGGCCGGCCGGCGGGGACGCCGCCAUGUCUAGGGCAGGAAGCGGUCGGCGGUCGUCGGGCCGAGGCGCGGUGCAGGAUGAGCUACAAAAAGCAAUUACUGCACAUGCAGCAAGAGAGCAAGCAGCUGAGUACUCAGAUGACUUUGAGAGUGACAAAGAUAAUGUGCUAAAUGGUGUUGGGGAAGAACUUAAUGAAAGUUAUUCAAGUGAUGAAAGCACUAAGAAAUCAGUUGCUGUUGAGAGUCCUCUCUCAGAUGAUGAUGCUUCACAAAAGGCAGCAGAUUUGGAAAAUGAAGCUGUUGAUGACUUCUCUUUAUCCUUUCAUGGAAAGAAGCUUCAGCAAAUAACACUUUUAGAAAGUGAAAACAUACAGGAUGACAGAAAAGAUGGUGAAGAAGAAUGUUUGAAGAUUCAAAAUGGGAGUGAUGACGGAAAAAAUAAUAAAGAGCGUUCAGCUGCUGAAGAAGUACGGCGUGAUAAUAAUGAAAGUGACCACUGCAAUGACUUGCCUAUUCAUAAACUGCAAAAGAAAAGAAAUCAGGAGAGAAAAAUACCAAUACCAAAGCCACGGGUGCACAAACCAAGAAAUGCCUCAGCAUCAGCUGAGGAUGUCAGCAUUCCUUCAUUAGAUACCUGUUCUAGACCAUCACCUCAACGACGAAGUAUGUUGAGAAAAAGUAGUCCUGUGGAAAAUAGGACAGAAGGAAAAAUAACUUCUAGAAAAGAAUUUUCUUCAUUUUCGGCAUCGUCAUCCCUAACUGCUAAGAAUGCCCAAGCCACAUCCAAGAAAAAACUGCUUGCUAAAAUCCCUGGUGCUGAAGGUCCAUGCCUAGAGAGUAUUUUACCAUCAUAUUCCAUUAAUUUUACUUCCCCAAAUGAAAGAUUUGGAGACUCCGAUUUCCUGAUGUGUGGAGAAGCACCACCUGUAAAAGAUCAAGAUCAGAUCAACGCCAGUGACUUGAAACUGAAGAACAAUAAUAGAAAAUCCUCUGCUGUGACAAAAGCAAUGAUGAACACAGUAAAUGAGGAAACAAAGAAAUUAGAGAAGUCAGCAGAAGAUAGUUCAGAUGAAAAGGUGAAAACAAUGGAGGGGCAAGUAGUAACUGAUACAAUACAGAAGGUAUCGGUAAAUGAUCAAUCUGAGCAUGGGGAGGCAAAGAACACUUCAGAGGACUGUAUCAAGAAACUAAGUGAAACAAAAGAGAGUGUUCUACAAGUCAGGAAAGCUUCUUUAUCUGACAGGUCUCUGUGUUCUGCACACUUGAAGAAAAAAGUGAAAGCUGUUCCAUCAGCUACACCUGUUUCAUCUCAGUAUAUGGGAUCAUUAAAGGUGUUGGAGGAUAAACAUGUGCAGAAGAACAGUACAGAAUUUAACAAAGCAGAUAGUUUACGAGCAGCUGUUUUUCAGAAUUGGUUGGAAAUGAAAAAGCACUUCCUACAGGAAUCAAAGAGGAUUGAAAAGGAGAAAGCUGAAAAUCUAAGGAACAAUAUUGAAAAGAAAGAAGCUGUUAAAAGAGAGGAAGCAAUUGCAUCUUUUGAAGCAUGGAAAAGGAAGAAAGUGAGAGAAGCAAAGGAGUUAAGGGAAAAAAAGAAGCUUGAGGAACGUAAGAAAAAUGAAGCGGCAGAACAGAAUAAGGAUAAAAGUGAAGCAGCACAGAAGGCAUUUGAAAAAUGGAAAGAAAAAAAAAUGGAAUAUUUAAGAGAACAAAGCAGAAAGGAAAAACAGUCUGAAUCAAGAAAGAAGAAGAAAGAAGAGGAGCUGGUUGCAGAGAAGAAGAGAGACAGCAAGUCAGCAGUUGAAAAAUGGAAUGAAAAAAAGGAAGAAUAUAUAAAACAGAAGAAAGCAGAAAAAAUCCAAGAGAGAAGAAAGCAGGAAAUUCAACAGGCGAAGAAGGAAGAAAAAAACAAAAAAGCUAUGGAGGAAUAUGAAAAAUGGCUGGAAAAGGUAGAGAUGAGAGAGCAGCUUGAGAAGAAGCAAAAGAAGUUGCAGGCUCUUCGUGGGUACGGAGUGCCUUCUCACUGGAAUCCACCUGGCAAAGUCACAUAUUAAAAGAAUUACUGAGCUGUCUAUUGACUUCUAUGAGAAAAGAUGAUCCACAAUGUUCUGACAAUGGUAGUCAUUAUUUCAAUAAGAGCUGAUUUUCACUGAA